CAACUAACAGUGAUUGGCUGUUUUGAUUGGUUAUUUGAUGUGCCGAAGUUUUACGAGUUUAAAUCAAAAUUGACUUUUGUAGCUCUUGUGCAGAUAUGGGGGCAUGCUGAUCAAAAUAGAAAUGGUUUCCUUAAUCGUACGGAAUUUUAUAAUGCUCUUAAACUGGUUACAGUGGCACAGAGUAAGCGAGAAUUGACUAAAGAUACGGUCAAAGCUGCCUUGCAUGGUCCAGCUUCAGCCAAAAUCCCUGCUCCCCAAAUAAAUUUCGCAGCAACACUAACUCCCCGGCCGAAUACGAAAGCUGCCUUGCAUGGUAAAGAAGGCGUUGCUUCCGCAUCCUCGACUAUUACACAACCUAAAACACCAGAAAUUAAAGAGUUGUUUCGGUCUGGAUCGUCAGUGGGGAAUGGCACUUCUUCGUUGGAUUCCCGGUCGGGGAAACAAGAAUCUAAAUCACUUUCACCGACAGAAAAUUGCUUUCCUUUGGAAUCCGGAAAUUUGGUGUCACCGUCACCUUCUGCGGACGCAACUUUGACUUCUUUAGCAGACCGUUCUACUGCAGUUCAAGAUCAGCAGUCCCCAUCCACCGAGACGAAAGAAAAUCGAAUUUAUUCUGCUCAAUCUCGGCAUCCAUGGCCGCGAAUGAUGACUCGGUCUGGUGUUCAGAAGUACAGCAAGGUAUUCGAACAAGUUGAUACUGACAGAGACGGGAAAAUUACUGCUCAACAGGCACGCAACUUAUUCUUUCGGUUGAAGCUGCCACAAGAGGUCUUAGAGAUCGUGUGGGGAUUACCCGAUCAAGAAAAUGACAACAUGCUUACGUUGAGGGAGUUCUGCAUUGCGCUCUACUUGAUCGAAAGCUCUGUUCCUGUGGUGCCUCCCUCAGGCCAACCAGCUGCUGCAUAUGGCCAAGAGAAGGCCGAAAUUACGGUGCUGGAGAAGCAUCAUAGUGGCCAACUCGACACAGUGGAGCAGGAUUCCUUGAACAAUAAGUUCCAGAAGGCAGAUAAAAAGAUAUUAAAGUAUGCUGAUGUAAUUCGAGCUGGUUUCCUUGGUCGUCGUGAAUUUGGUAAUGGAGAAUUCUUGAAUAAAGAUUCUGAUCAAUUGUCUCAGUAUUUCGAUUUUGACGCUGCAUCUGAAAGAGAACAAUUUUGGGAUAUGGAUAAUAUUUCACAGUAUUUCGAUUUUGAUGCUGCAUCUGAAAGAGAACAAUUUUGGGAAAUGAAUAAUAUUUCACAUAUGUCUAGUAGAUCAACUACCGAAUCUUUAGUAGGUGACGUGUACCGAAUUAGGGAGGAAGACGAUUUCAACGCUAGGUUAGCCACAUUAGCUAACAAAGUCGAGGCCAUAGAGUUAUGGAAACUCAACGGAAUUGCUUCUACGCCUACGCAUAUGCCUAAGGUUAAUAAAAGUUGUAGUAUUUGCGAGAACAUGGAACAUUCUACGAAUUUGUGUCCGAUGAUUCCUAUCUUUAAGGAAGUGUUGCGUGAUCGAGAAGCAAAUGCUACAAACACAUUUAAGAAGCCUUAUCAAAAUCCCUACUCCGAGGAGGCUUAUAAUUUUGUGCCUUACAAUUCCGCACCUAAGAGGAGUUUAGAGGAUACUUUGCAACGAUUUAUGGAAUCUCAAACUAUGAUCAAUAAUCAAACUUCCGAAGCAAUUAAUGAUAUAAGAAGGACGCUAACUAAAUUGACUGCCUCUUCGAGCAAUCAGGGGAAAGGUGGUUAAAAUUCCGUUCAAGCACUACGAAUUCCCGAAUGCCAAUCGUGUGUGGGUGAGUGUAUUCUAAUGUCGCACUAGCUCUUCUUUUGUCAUGUGUACAAUAGUAUUGCUUGGAUGAAUUCUUAUAUAUAUUUUUUUAUUUGAUAAUGAAAGAACUUGCG